AUGGCGCCCAAAGGCCCCUACCGGCUUGUUACCGUGAACACCGCGCCUGACCGGGCAAGGAGGCUUGUUGGUCGGAUGGUCGAAGGUCUAAAAGACCAAUAUACCAUUGAGCAUGUUGCAAAUUGCGAAAAAAUUGACGAAGUUGAUGGGAAAGUGAGAGAGUUUCAACCCGAUAUACUCUUCUGCGCGUCAAUGUGGACAAGCGAAGAGGCUGCACAAAUUCAGGCAAUAGCAAGGUCAAUCAAGCCAGGUAUCAAGACUCACGCACUACCUGCUGGUUUUCAGGUCAAGCGAGGGCCGGAUGCAGUGGUGGAAUAUUUGUUGGAGAAGGUGCCUCCAUUGCUGGAGUCAUAA